AGAUGUCGGCUCGGUCAUGUGAUCAGCUGUGUCCAAUCACAGCUGAUCACAUCAGUGCCACCUGUCAGUGUCCAUCAGUGCCUUGUGUCAGCGCUCAUCAGUGCCUUGUGCCAGUGACCAUCAAUGCCACAUAUCAGUGCCUACCAGUGCACAUCAAUGCCACAUAUCAGUGCCCGUCUGAGCUGCCUUUCAGUGUCACCCAUCAGUGCCAGUCAGUGCCACCUAUCAAUGCCAAUCAGUGCCACCUAUCAGUGCUGCCAAUCAGUGCCACCUAUCAGUGCCAGUCAGUGACGUCUAUCACUGCCGUGUCAGUGCCGCUUAUCAGUGCUGUGUCAGUGCCAUGUAUCAGUGCUGCCUUUCAGUGCCCAUCAGUGAUGCCUGCCAAUGCCCAUCAG